AUGAUCGCCAGAAGCGAAAAGUGCAUUUUGACAGUGGGAGAUGGAGACCUGUCCUUCUCCUUGGCCCUUUCACGGGCCCUUGCGUCCGAUGCAUCCGUGAAAGUCAUUGCAACGACGUGGCUCACGCGAGAGGAGCUUGCAGACCGGUACCAUUCCGCCGGCGGAGUCCGCGAGGAACUGCUGCACCGAGGUGCGGUGGUCCUCCACCGCGUGGAUGCUUGCAGCCUGGCCUCUUCUCUCCCUCCGACCACUGGGUGCCCCAUGGCCAUUAUCUUCAACUUCCCACAUCUGGGUGGUGUCGCUGACGAUGGUCACGAGCCCGAGAGUGCACAUGUGAGGCAGCACAGAGCACUGCUGGCGCACUUCUUCCAGUCGGCUGCGAAUCUGACGCAGGAUCUACAAGGCGAGGUCCACGUGACGCUGUGCGGCGAGCAGCCGGGACUCUGGGCGUUGCAGACGGCUGCUGCUGCCGCUGGUAUGCGGGAGCAGAGGAGAUACGCGCCUGCGGCUGGCGAUGACUUUGCGAAGGGUGUGUUUGAUGGCUUGUGCCUCCAGCCUCCACAACCGGAGUGGCAGUGUCGCAGGAGGUGGCGGAAUGGAUCUCUGGGAUUCGUCCACUGGGCAAGCCGCUACGGAUACGAGCACAGGCGGCACGAGGGCGAACAACACAUGAACAUUAACAACUGCUUCACUUUCGUAUUCGUGAAAACAACAGAGGAGGCUGCCCACAGCAUUCCCACUUCCCCGACCGUCUGUCGCGUGUGCCUACAAGACUUCGAGAACAACGAGUCGUUGGAACAACACAUGCGAACACCAGCCCUCCCCAUCGGCGACGCGAGCACGCACCACUGCAGUGUGUGUGGGCGAGCUUUUGGUUCGAGCCGGGCACUGGAACAACAUGCGCGGGCUUGCCAGAAGCCGGCAAAGCCCUUGAAAGAGUCUUCCGGCUACAGCGAAGUUCUUCGAGAAGGGCUUCCAGGGAACGUGGUUCGCAUGGGAGUGCCCAUAACAUCGGAAGCGGGUUUGAGGCUGUCUCAUUUGGCACGACAGUCUGACAAGCUCCGGCGUUUGUUGCCUUCAAAGGCAGCAGUGAAGCGCGCAAUUGCGAGAGGUGAGCUCGUCUUGAAUGGCGAGCAUGUCGAAGAGACGCGAAUACUGAAAGCUGGUGACCUAGUGACUCUCUGCUUGGACCGGGUGCGUGAGGCCUUGGAUGCAACAACAGCAAGGGCCCGGAAUGUCAAGAUGGUGCUGCCCCGGGAGUCACUGGGUGCGUCACCGGGUGAUGGCUGGCAAGUACUUCGCUCCGUAUGUCCGGACGGCGUGGUGGUGGUGUGGAAGCCGGCUGGCAUGAGAAGCCUGGGAUUCCAUCCUGGGACCCUGCAGUCAUCCCUGCCGCUGUUGCCUGAAUUGGCUGCCCUUGGUGCGAGGUUUCAACCCUUGAGCCGGCUGGAGAUUGGGUGCUGCGGACUAUCUUUGGUUCCCGUGACCGACGAGGUGCAACAGCUCUUGAUUGGCGGGCUUGCUGCAGGGCGCGUGGUUCACACAUUUCGUGCAACGCUGCACGGGUCGAUUGGUAAGCCUGGGACGACGUUGACUUUGACUGGACAGGAAAGUGGCGGCCACGAGGAAGCUUCUGGCAGUGAGGAGCUUGAUUCUGCUGAGCAAGCUCCCAUUGCGAAGGCUGACAACAUAGUGGUCUGUCACGUGGUGGAUGUGCAGCACGAGACAACCAGCAUCGUAGACCUGCAGGUUGUGGGUGCGGGAAGGUGCUGUGGUGCUUUGUGUCACCUCAUGCGACGGCAAGGAUUCCCUGUCGUGGGUGACAGGCUUGCCAAGCGAGCUUUGUCACAACGAGGCAGAGGCCUCAGUGAACCAGGAGGCGCCAAGACUGGCAAGAGGAAGCUUCAGAUUGAAUGCGUCGGAAUUUCCGCUUCCCACGAGGACGGCAGAGAAUUCCUCGACGUACGAAUCUGCCGGCAGGGCCCAGCUUCUUUCAAGGGUGACUGUUCAGAGUCGGAUGAUGCGGAAAAACCUUUUGCACCGCACAAGAGGCACUUCUUCGGUUGCUGUUGUUUCUUUGGAUGA